AUGUGCGCAGGCGACGGCACGAUCCGGGUGUGGCACACGCCGACGCUCUCGCUCGUCUACCUUCUCCACCCGCCGCAUGACAACAUCGGCGACAUCCUGUCGCUCGCUUGGCUUCCGAGCGACUCGCUCGAGGACGACGACCAUGUGGGGCACAGGAGGGGCGUCGGGAUGGGGCAUGCGGCGCACGAGGGCGGGAGAAGGGGCGAGCUGUUCCACACGUUGGCCAAGUUCGUGUCGUUCAAGACGGUCGCCGACUCGCCGCACCGCGAGGACUGCCGCCAAGGCGCCCUGUACCUCAAGCGCGUCCUGCGCUCGUUCGGCGCCGAGGCGUCGCUCCUGCCCAACCCGAUCGAGGGCAAGAACCCGAUCGUGCUCGCCACCUUCCGCGCCAACGCGCCGCCACGCCCAAACCGGUUCGAGGCGCCGAGGCGCAAGCGCGUCCUGUGCUACGGCCACUACGACGUCGUGCCGGCGUCGGCGCCCGAGAUGUGGGGCACGGACCCAUUCGCGAUGCACGGCAAGGACGGGUGGCUGUACGGCCGCGGCGUGAGCGACAACAAGGGCCCGGUCCUCGCCGUCGCGGCGGCGGCGGCCGAGCGGCGGCGCAAGCAGGAGAUGGACGUCGACCUCGUCAUGGUCAUCGAGGGCGAGGAGGAGACGGGCAGUGCCGGGUUCCAGGAGGCGGUCCGCAAGAACCGGGUCGCCUCGUCCAACCCCGAAUUCACCCACUCGGGCAUCUGGGGCGGCGUCACGUCCGAGCCGCUCAACGACCUCAUCCGGGUCCUCGCGAGCCUGACCGACAACCGCGGCGCCGUCCGCAUCCCCGGCUUCCUCGACGGCGUUCGCAAGCUCUUGCCGACUGAGCAGAAGCUGUACGACGAGCUGUUCCUGAGGACGGACGGGCUGCAGCAGCAUCGCGACGGCAAGAGCAUGGUACCGUCGCCGACGCUCGACCCGAUGCAGUCGCUCAUCAACCGCUGGCGGCAACCUGCGCUCUCGGUCCACAAGGUCGAGGUGCCCGGCCCGGCGCAGAAGACGCUCAUCCCCAACUCGGCGACGGCGAGCGUGUCGAUCCGGAUCGUGCCCGACCAGAGCCUCGACGACAUCGUCAAGAUGCUCAAAGCGCACCUCGAAAAGGCGUUCGCGACGCUCGAGACGACCAACACGCUCUCGAUCGACAUCAACCACGUCGCCGACUGGUGGCUCGGCGACCUGUCGUCGCCCUACGUCGCCGCCAUGUCGUCGUGCAUCAGCUCGCAGUGGAACAUCGACCCGCUCUUCAUCCGCGAGGGCGGCUCGAUCCCGUCGCUGCCCUUCCUCGAGCGCGAGUUUGGCGCCGACGCGGUCCACUUCCCGAUGGGCACGAGCAGCGACUCGGCCCACCUGCCCGACGAGCGCAUCAGGGUGCUCAACCUCGAGAACGGCAAGGCGAUCGUGUCAAAGUGGUUCACCAAGCUCGCGUCGCUCCCCAUCUAGACCCCCUCCUUCCUCUCCUCCCUCGUUACUUAUACCCGAGCCUCUGCGAUAUCCCGCCCUGUCAUCCCGCACAUCGUAGACCCUGCACUCCUUCACCCGACCCUGUCAAUCGAUACCGCGCCGUCUCCUUGCCCACCUUGACGCACAGCUCGGCCGCAAAGACCUCGCCCUCGAGCCGCAGCUUUUUGCCGAGGCGCGCAUCAAGGUCGUCGAGGAAAGCGUUGUCGAACGGCGGAUCUUGAGAGGAGAGGGAGGUCGAGGUCGACCAGGCGAGCGAGGUGUGGAACCGCGGGGUGGGGUAGUACGUCGGGAGGCGCAGGCGCUCGAGCUCGGCGUCGAGCUUGUGCGUGAGGGCGAGGAGCUG